AUGUCUACUACUACUACUACUAGGGAAGAUUAUGAUCAGACAUCUCACCAGGAAAUGAUGUUUGAUAGGCUUGUUAAAUCUCAAGAAGAUAUGUUUUCUAGGCUCGAAACAUUACUCUCGAAUGUACUUGCAUCUCAACAACAAACGUUGGAGAUUUUAAUAUGUAACAACACUGCUAAAGAUCAAGAUGACUCUUCAGCUGAGAACCAGCAAGAAGAAGAAGAUGUUCCCGACAGUAACUCUGAUAAUGAUGACGAUUACUUAAUAUUUGAAGAUGAAGAGAUCACAGAGGUACCUGCUGAUGAUGAAGAGGAGGAUCAACGGAAAUCUGGGAAUUACGGUGGUCAAAUCAUGAGAUUCUGUUUACCAAUUAUCUAUUGGGAGAAGCGGAAUAUGAUAAUUGGAAAGAUGCUACAGAAUAUUUGAAAAAUAAUAGAGAACAGGAGGAAUGGAAAGUAGCAAUGGAUAUAGCUGUAGAUUUUAAUCAGUUGUUGUUUCUGGAGGAGAUUUUUAAAAUCAUGCCACCAGAUGCACUCCAGUAUAACAACACAACAAAGGU